AAGCAUUUUUUUUUUUGGUUGAAAAAAAAAACUAAAUAAAAACUUUAUUUGCAAAGACAACGGCGCUUUCCCAUCCCAUGUGGUCGAGUUUGUAAUUUGACAGCCGCCCGACUUUGUUCUUUUUAAACGUUCAUAUUUGAGCGCGCAAGUGUGGUUUGGGGACUCCUCGCGGUCGUCCUAAUUUUCCUCGUCGAGCGAGCCAAUUAGCACGGUUAGCCGCUAGCCGCUCAUCGCGGAGUCCAGGUAGCGAGCCGAGCACCAUUUCUAUGUUUUGUUUUCACUCUUUCCUGAUUUCCAGCAUUUUUCCCAGCGCGCUAAGCAGUUUGCUGCUCCGUGGGCCAUUCCACAUUUGGAGGACAUUUUUGUCAAAUAUCCCAUGCACAAAAUAGACAAACAUGCACUUGUUGUGUACAUUAUCGUUGUCAUGGGACAAAAUGUAACUUGCUGGAGUAAAAGUGGUUCCCUAAAUAUCAUUAAACUACCGAAUAGCUCUUGAGCACCCCUAAAAUGGCUUCCCCCACUUUGUCGCUCCUUCUUGAUAACCAACCUACAUAUUCAUCAUAACAGAAAUUUGGGGGGGGGGGGGGUUAUGAUUUUGUUGCUAUACCGUCCCUGUAAUUGUUGAAACCUUGUGUUUUAUUGCAGACAUUUAAAAUGAUAAUUAUGCUCUUAAGUUGUUUGUCACAAACAUACGAGCAACCCUGUUACUAAAAACCUUUUCGGUCAUCUAGAGGAAGAGGAAAAAAGGUGAGUGACAUGACUCAGCAGAAGUGACGCGUUCAAGCCAUUUGUUCUGGAUGGGUAGACGCAUUCCAAGUCCUACGGUAAUCCUAAAAUGUAAUUAUUCUAAUAACAUUUAACUUAACGCCGCAAUCAAAAAAUUUUCCUGUGUUUCUGGAAAACAUACAAAAAAUUAUAAAACAAAUGGUCUGUUUUUCAAAUACGUUGGACCCUAACUUGUCCUCCAAUUUUGGUAUGACCCACGUGAAGCGUUUGCGUCAACAUUUUGAGUCAUUUUAACAACGGCUGGCACAACUGUGAGCGUAUCCGUGAAUGCCUCACGAUGCGUUUGUGUCCCAUGUAGUGUGUGUGAACAGCAAAAAAUGCUGCUGCGGACUUUGUGGGCUAAACCGGGAUCUCCACGGAACCCGGUCGCCUCGGCUCGUCUUUUUCAUCGUACUCGAGCGCACGAGCGCGAGUUGAAAGCCGGGCCCCACCCGCGCUCCUCGAACGUCCCGGCGAGGUGUUCCUUAAACGCCCCUCACCCCAAGAAAGAACCUCCGAGGCGCUUUCUGUCAUUUGCCGUAAAUGCAUUUGAAAGUCCGAGCUGCGUCUUUUUGAUGGACUUUCAACGCAGGAGCCAACAGAAGCGUCGGUACGCAUCAAAUCUGGUCAAGUCCGUGUUAAAGCCGACUUUAAAACCAGUGACGGUGCCUGGGAAAAGAGUUCCCAAAGGACCGAGAACCAAACAACCUUCAAGAGCCAAUCAGCCUUCCCUGAAUCAGGACACGGACAUGAUGCAAUGUAUGGCCUUCGCAACUGCAGACCAGUACAAUCUGCCCGCGCUCAGCGUCCACCUGGCGCAACACGGCUUCCGCGAAGUGGAAUUCCCUCGAGACGCCGCCAACGUGCUGGUGAUAAGUUCGGACGUGAGCGCCAAACCCGACGACGGCUCGCUCAUCUUCUUCUUCAGGGAAGGGUCGGUGGUUUUCUGGAACGUGGAAGAGAAAAUGCUGAAGAAGGUGCUGAGGAUAUUGGAGCGUCACGAGAGUCAACCGUACGAAGUCGCGUUGGUCCACUGGGAAAACGAAGAGAUCAACUACACGUACGGCGAGGGAAACACAAAACUGGAGCGCGGCAACUUUGUUUUGAGCAAGCACCUGGAGCGGCACGACGGCGAUCUGGAGAAGUUCGCCUUUUCCAACGCUUUGUGUUUGUCAGUCAAGUUGGCCAUCUGGGAGGUGUCGCUGGACAACUUCGUGGAGUCCAUUCAGUCAAUCCCCGAGGUCCGGGCCGCACACGCGAUCCGCAAUUGCCCGCGUGUGUCAUUCGAGCGGUCAAGCGUCUCGUCUGCUUUUGUUUUUCCAGACGCUCAAGUCGGGCACGAGAGUGAAGUUGUCGUCGGCGGAGGUCAUGCAGAAGAUAGGCGAGCUCUUCACCUUGAGACAUCGCAUCAACCUGAGCUCCGACCUCCUGCUCACGCCCGACUUUUACUGGGACCGAGAGACUCUGGAGAAGAUCUACGACAAGACCUGCCAGUUCCUCAGCAUCAACCGCAGGGUCAAGGUUGUGAACGAGAAGCUGGAGCACUGCACUCAGCUGACGGACCUGAUGAGGAGUCACCUGAGCGAAAAGCACAGCUUGCGGCUGGAGUGGAUGAUCGUCAUCCUCAUCACCAUUGAAGUGUUGUUUGAAGUGGUGAGAAUGAUCUUCUGAGCGGGAGAGAGUCUUCACGGCGUGCCGUGUCCAGGUACGUUCCGCACCGUUGUGUGGAACCAACCGACCAACCGACAGCAGCGGGUCUCGGCGUUAUUGCGCAAAUACGCAGGUUUCACAAAACUCUUGUCGACAAUGAGGAGAAGGACUAUCGGUACUUGCGUUCUUCCCAAUAAACUCACAAUAGUGUGCCAGAGGAGACCAAUCCUGAUGAGAAGUCCGAGUCGUUCGGUGAGCAAGCGGUCGUGGCGCAAAAACGGCAGGAAGUCCAGUUUGCCAGAUGACGGGCUGGCUGAGGUUUUUCAGGAGCUGCAAAUUCUACUGUUGAUACGCACAACGUGUGUUGGGAACCGUGACCUUUGCUGCAAAUACUGCCUCUGCGGGCCCCAACGUUAACUUUGCAUUUCUAGUAUUCAAGCUGUGUCGUGUUAUGAUAUUUAUGUUGUGUCAAAACUUUAGAACAGUGGAGUUUCUGCAUUUAUUGUCAAAAGUAUAGUAUUUGACAUGAAUACGAGAUCAGAAGGAGAAAGGUAAUGUAGGUAUUUCCUUGCUUAGUAUGCGCCCCGAAGGUUUUAAGUAAAAUUAAAAUGUUUGCUUUGGUUUUAUUUUUUGAGUCGUUCAUACAAUUCAAUAAUUGGUUAACUGAUGUAUUGCAAAUAUUUAACAAUUCAAAAAUAUAUAUAUUUUUGAAUUGUUAAAUAUUUUUUUAGUUGGUUAAUAAAUGAUAAAAAUCUCAAUUUAAAAAUGAACUUAUUUUACUAUCAAUUAUUUUAUGUACUUUCCCCCCCCCUACAAAUGAUGUGGCGUAUUUGUUUGCUUUAACCUUUUAACAACCAAUACAAAACGUUUGCAGGUUAUAUUUACUUUGUCCAGUUGUAACUAAAAUCUGUAUUUUUAACAAUGGGAACAUCUACCCAAUGGUUGAGAUGUCACUUGAUGAUAAAGUAAAAUAAAGAUUGAAACAAACACAGGCGAGACACUGGACUU